ACCAACGCUGUGUGUGACGUCAGGACGUAUCCGACGUCAGUCCCCGCCCCCGGGAGGAACAGUUAGUUUAGACUUUAGAGAGAUAAAUGCGUCAACUUUACUUUCAGUAGUUUACUGAUGUUUCUCCUUCUGCUGAGUGUUGACAGGACAUGAGUGAAGAUGAGUGAGGAUGCGUUCGAGGUCCCGGCGAGGACCGAGUACCGCUACCUGGUGCAGGAGGAGGACGAGGACGAGGUGCAGUACGUCCGUCACAGGCACUACAUCAGCCCCCUGCUGGUGCUCUCCAGACGCUGCAUCGUCCUCAUCUGCCUCGGCGUCUUCGCUCUGCUCUCCCUCGCCACCUUCUUGGGAUACGUCGCCCAGACGCUGCCGCCGGGCCUCGCCCAGGUGACGACGGACUGCGGAGAGUUCAGAGGAAGACACAAAAAUGGAGCCUACUCCUUUAAGGGCAUGCCCUACGCCGCUCCUCCUGUCGGUAACCUGCGUUGGGCGCCUCCGGCCGAACCGGCGUGCAGGGGCGUGACGGCCGACGCGGGGCGCUUCCGCAGCAUGUGCCCUCAGGUGCGCCCGAUGUCGAGCACGGGGAGGGUGAUGGGCCAGGAGGAUUGCCUCUUCAUCAACGUGUGGACGCCCACGCUGCGGCCGGACGCCAAGCUGCCCGUCAUGGUCUGGAUCCACGGAGGAUACCUGCACAUGCUCAGCGGAGGAGAGCCGGGCUACUCGCCCACGGAGCAGCUCGCCGCCGACACGGGAGUGGUCUACGUGAGCUUCAACUACAGACUCAACGCCUUCGGCUUCCUGGCGCUGGAGAUGCUGAGAGAAGGUUCUCCAAAGAACACCUCAGGGAACUACGGCUUCAUGGACCAGAUCGCAGCUCUGAAGUGGGUCCAGAGGAACAUCCACGUGUUCGGAGGAGAUCCUGGGAAAGUCACUAUAUUUGGACAGAGCUCAGGUGGGACCUCAGUGUGGACCAUGAUGACGUCUCCGCUGGCGAAGGGUCUCUUCCGCGCGGCGGUGGACAUGAGCGGCUCGUACGUCUACAACGCCACGCUGGAGCGGGCCGAGUCCGACAACCUGGUGUUCCUGAAGAAGACGGGCUGCAGAGACCGGAGCUGCCUCAGACGUCUGUCCAUCAGACAGGUCUUACAGGCCAUCCCGUGGCAGGAGUACCCGUCCUGGGCAGCAGAUGACUUGGUGGAGCUCCCCGUCAGAGGGCUCUUUGUCGGCCCGGUGGCCGUGGUGGACGGAUACGUCCUCGAAGCUCCACCCUUUGAGGUGUGGGAGAAGAAAGCAGAGCACAGUGACGUUCCUUUAGUCGUCGGGACGACGGAGCAGGAGGUGGACUUCAGCCCUCCAGCUGCAAACAUCUCCAUGUGGACCUGGGGGGACUACCGCUGGUUCGUUACAGAUAAACUUCAGUCCUUCAGUGAGAAUCUGCCCAGAGGGGCGUUGGAGCUGUACCCGAGCUCCGACCUCUGCCCCACCACGGACCGCUGUCCGGAGAGGGCCUACACCACCAUGGUGUCCGACGUCAGGGUCACCUGUCCCAACAACGACCUGGCCUGGAGGGCUGCAGCGGCCCUCGACAGUCCCGUGUAUCGAUACGUGGUGACGUACACGCCGUCGGGACCCGUCAACAUGUCCACCGACCUGCUGCAGUUCCCCAGCCGCUUCUCCUUCCACGGUCUGGACGCCGUGACGUUCUUCGGCAGGCUGGAGUCCGUCCUGGGGAAACCUCUCUCUGACGGAGACAAGAGCUUCCAGGAGCUCAUCACACGCCACCUCGUCACCUUCGCCAAAACAGGUAAGAUGGAGAACGAGUGGCCAGAAUACCCAGCAGCCACUGCUCUCCUGUCCGACCGGCUGACGGCGGUCCAGAACUACUCGGCCGCUCGCUGUCAGCUGUGGAAGGAGAACGGCCUGUACGCGUACGCUUGGGCCAACUGACUGCAGACCGGAGAGAGCGCCACGUUAUUACAUCACUAGACUUUAUUAAAGUCACUGCUUUGUAACAGCGAGGUGACCUCAUGUAGCCACACCUCCGUCUCUGAAGAGUCUGAACACACCGGAAGUCUUGUUGGUUUGAAGUUGCGUUCGAGUUCUCGGUAGCGUUAUGUUACUGUUAUGAAAUAUUACCACUAAAUAUCUCCAGAACUAACAACGGUUAGUUCACCCAAACAACUAAAAAAACAUUUUGUUUUCACAUCUGUCUCCACACCAGAAAAGUGCCUUUCCAGAUGUUCUGGCUAUUCUAACAGUUUUCAUUAGAGCUGUUUUAUAAUGUAGAAAUAGUUUUGGAUCAACACCACCAGAAGUGAGUGAGAAAGUGUUUUUUAUUUUGUAAUUUGGGUGAAGUGAUCCUUUAAGCAGCUGGAGGUCCGGCUGCACAGCGCUGACGUUACUACAUCAAACUGGGAGUUGAGUGAAGGAGGUUGAAGGAUGCCUGUAGACCAAAGUGAUUGACCAUAGAAAUAGAAUAGGAGUAGAACAGACUUUACCAUUCAGAUCACUGUAGCAGGAUGGUCAGAGCGGCGGAUGUUUUUUAUGUAAUUUACGUGUACUGUUUGCGAUGGAUGUAAGAGAACACUUCCGUAUAAACCACACUUGCCAACCUUGAGACCUAAAAAAAAGGGAGGAUUUCAAAACUUGAAAAAAAUGAAGAGUUUCAGAGACUUUGUUUCCUACGUUCUGGUGACUUUUAAACAAAAGUAACUCAGGAAUUUUCAGGAAAGAAAGCUGAAUAAUUCUUUGGGCGCUGCACGCUGUGAUGUGCGGCGAGUGCAGCUCUAGCCAUGUUGUGUCUCGAGCAUCUUCUCUACCGGGAGACGACGUAGGUGUAGCUCUAUUGUCGUCCAAGUGGAAACAGUAGAGAUUAUACACACUGUAGAGCAACAGAAACAGGUUUGGACCUAGUCAAAUGACCACAGCAAACAGUUUAAUGUCCCUUCUACUCCUAUUCUAUUUCUAUGUGAUUGACAGUUUGCUGUACAAUUAAAGAUAAAGAGAAUCAGGAUUUAUGAGGAAAGAAAAAUAGAGUUAUUUUAUACGUCAGGUCAGUGUGAAAUGUGAAGUUUCAACACAACCAGUUCAGUUUCCUGCCAGGUAAAGUUGAGUUAGUGAAUUCAGGGAGGUGGUUUCAGUGAGAAGGGAAGGUGAGAUAGAUCAGUAGCGAUGGAUGUGUUUUAACCUGUGGAUGUGUCGGUGAACUUGUGAAGUCCUGCUGUUUGCACUGAUUCAUAACCUCGAUGCUUGGCCACUAAGUCUUUGCACUUUGCUGUGAACAUGUUUUAUUACGUGAAUAUUUCAUUGCACUCACACUUAUAGUUGGAGCCGACCUGUUGUUUACCUUUUUGUUCCAGAUGUUAAUGAAGCCAACAGUGAGUUUAAAUUCACAAAUAUACACCCAUCUUUGAACUAAAUCGUGUGAGUUCUGUAUUACUUGUUUUAUGCUUUUCAAACAGUAAUUAAGCUCGUUGUAAUGAGCUUUGUUUUGUGUUGAUGCUCUUUAUAUGCUCAAUAAAUUGACACAAGACACGA